UUUAUCGACAUGUUUAUUUUUGAAAGACAACGGGAGCAUAUAUUGCAACUGUAGUAGGAGAAAGGUUUCGUUAAUCAUGUUCAGACAAGCAUAUAACGGUAUAAACCUAUUGAAUUUUUCCGUCAUUUUGCAAGAGACGAGCAAAAAACAUUCAUGAUUGUGUAGGGCGACAAUGGUUCACGAUUCCACAGUAGCACAAUAGAUCGAAAAAAAUCCCAAGUCAGACGAUAUAUGAUAUUUAUGACCUCGAAGCUACAAUAGCCGCGGUUCGCUAUGAACGGGCACAAAGAUGGACUAAGACUCUAACCAUGAAAAGAAGUUUGAAAUCAGAGAAGAGUGAAACUGCUCAUAGUGAAAUAAGAAAGACAACAGCUGAAAUGGGAAAUACUAGAUCACUCAAUUGGGUUGAUAUAGAUUUUCCUCCUGAAACUCAAUAUAAAACUAUUCUGGAAACCAUCAAAGAAAAGAACAAAGAAUCGGAUGAAUUGCAUUUAUUCAAAGAUACUGAGUUUCCUACCAAUCAGUCAUCAUUAUUUCAUAUCCCUGACACCGUUAAAUAUGAUUGUAUAACUUCUUGGAAGCGACCCCACGAAUUAUCAGCUGAUCCAGAAUUUGAAAACACAUAUCAUGUUCAAAAAAUAAAUGUUGGACCUUUUACCUCAUGGUACACUUGGACAGGUGCAAUAGCGGCUUUAUCAACAAGCCCAGCAUGUUUGGUUAAAACGAUAAAGCCACGUAAACAAACUUUAAAUGGUGAAGAGUACGUUGGUAUGUUUAUAUUCCAUUUUUGGGAAUUAGGAUCUUGGACCGAUGUAAUUAUUGAUGAUUAUCUUCCUAUGAUUGGAAAUGAUCUUGCUUUUUCAAGAGUUGAUAAGAAAGAUCCUUACUGGUUACCUUUAAUGCAAAAGGCAUAUGCUAAACACUGUGGUACAUAUCAAGCGGCAGGUGGUCUCUUAUCCGAGUUUUUCGAAGAUUUUACUGGCGGUUUGGCUAUCACCUACAGAUUGAAUUCGGAAACAGGAAACGAAGUGUUCACAGCUCUCCAGAAAGCUAAAAACAAUUCUAGUUUUGUUUGUUGUACUAAAGAAUUUCCAAGUGUGGAGAUUGAUUCCAUGGAUUAUAUAGAACAACAUGGUUUUAAUGUCAUAAAAGCAAUCGAGAUUGAGAAUGAAGGAUCAACAUUGAGAUUGAUUGAAGUUAUGACACCCCAUCAGAAGAAACCUGAUUGGACUGGUGAUUGGAGUGUUGAAUCUAAAAAAUUUAAAGAAUCUGAACAUUUGCAUGAAAAAAUGGGAUAUCAUUCAAUGCCCGAUGGUCGUUUAGAAAGACAGCUUUGUGGAGUAUUUACUAUGAGUUUCGAAGAUUUCAAGGAAUACUUCAUGGAUGUGACAAUUUUGGCGACUGGAAAGAAUUUCCAGAAAGAGGCUGAAAGUAAUUUUUAUGGUGGACAAGAUGACUGGUUACAUUGUGAUGUGAAAAGUACUUGGAAACCUGGUUCUAUACCAGAUCUUGAUUAUGAUAAUAUUGAGGAUGAUGACGUGUGUCAGUAUAAUCCACAUUAUUAUAUGGAACUUAAAGAACCUGAUGAUUUCAAUCCAUAUUAUGAUGCUCCCACUCUCAAAUCUAAAUGCUUUUUGUUAAUGGAACUUAUGCAAAAGGAUAUUUGGAGAACAGCUGCUGCUCAAAAUGAGAUUGAUGAUGAACCUUACUUGUUGUUUAUAUGUCUACACGUUUUCAAGGUGAACGAAAAGCCUACAUCACGACUUCCUGCUGAUUUCUUUCGGGAGAAUAAAGCUGUUAUAAACACUAGAGCACAUUGUGAUUCAAGACAAGUUAGUUUUGCCACUGCUUUGGAUCCAGGACAUUAUGUUGUGGUGCCUUCCGUGUACUAUGAUACAAAGGAAGAAAGUCCUUAUUUAUUGAGAGUUUAUGCAGAAAGACAGUUACAACUUGAAUUAUUGUAGCUUGAAUAUUUUUGUUACGUAUACCAGUAAAGUAUGUACUCAAAAAGAAAACUAAUAUUCAACUAAAUUCGUUACUACUAUGAAAAUGCCACUCUCCCUCUUCAGUUCAAUUUUAUCUCCUAUUGUUCUGAAUAGUCAUUUUGUAAGCAAAUUUAGGCAACCAAAGUGUUUGUUACUUAUAAGUAUGUUACUCGAUAAGUAUGUUGAUAGGUAUUUGUUUGUUUGUCUGUUAGACACUUUCGUAUGUUACACGAUAUCUCACGAAAGUGAGGUUGAAUCUGCUCCAAAUUUUGCAUGUGCGUUCAACAUAUCUCGCACCAGAAGCCUAUAGAUUUCGGAUGAAUUAUUUCGUAUAAUUAGCGAGUUAUUAAUUAAUUAGUAGCGGUGUCGCUAUAGCGUCAGGAAUCAAAACCGCUGAUCGAUAAGUCGGCGGUCUCUGAUCGCUAUCUAGUUUUCUUUCUUAUUAGUAAGCGCAAUGUCCUAGUGGUCAGUGGUCAUACAUACUUGGUAUCUCAAGUGUCUUUUGUAGAAAUGCAUUUAGUUUAAAUCACUUCGGUUUUUGAAGUAUCAUCGACUUAGCUCCUACCACUGUAUUUUUUAGAUGAGUAUAUUUUUAGCAAAAAUACCCUUUUACUGCACUAGUUACUUACUGCACUAUUUUGUUAUCUAUGUGUACUUAUACUGUUUGUAUCAUGUGAUUAUGUACGGCUUUUACUAGUCCAAAAAUACAUGUAUAUAUGCAUCAACACAGUACCCUUGUUAUAAUAAUGAUAUUGGUUUUGUCACGAGGGGUAAAUUUUAUAACCAUCAAGAUUUUUAGUUUCAGUACGGUAUGUCGCAAGUCUCAAAAUUUGUGAAAUUUAAAAUCAAUUGGGCCACAAACCUUUCAAAAAUUGAUAGAGUUUUUUAUAUUUUAUUUGGCAAUUUGAUUGUAGCAGCGAUGGAUGGUGAUGCUAUUUUUUGCUACCGAUCGGUAAUUCUCAUUUUAUUUAUUGAAGUGGAAGUGUUUAUUUUUGUUUGUUUUGUAGAUGUAGUUAAUGGGCCACAAAAUUUUCUUGCAAUGAAUGAUUAGCUGUUCCCAGUAUUGUCUUGCCGGUGUCCGUUCGGUAUUGGUGACCCUGACGAGCUCAAGGACAGCACCUCGCUAUAGGAUUAAUCCGUAUUGUCAGUUUCGCUUUCAUGAUUACACAUGCAAAUCAUUACUUUGCUUAAUGCACUGCGAUAUCAAUUGCUAUAUAUAUUAUAUACGUAUCUAUUCUUCACAUAUACCAGACUUCAUUUUCUCAUUUCUACUUUAUUACACUACAUCAGUUUACCUCAAACAGGUUUCAAGACUACGCUCAAGUAUGCUUUCAUAUCAUUUCUGCGAUAUCAUGUAACAUUGUAUAAUCGUUACAAUUACUGUAUUAUAUUAGUCAUUUUACAUAUAAAAAGCAAUGUAUUUUGUGCUCUAGUUGAUGUCAAAAUGUAUCUACAUCAUCUGUCAAUGCACAAUAUAAACAUAUUCAUCAUGAUCAAAAUGCAAGCCAAAAUAAUGUAUCUCACUUAUUCAAAUAUAUAGUCACGAAAGUAUUACAAGUUCAUAAAACCCAAGGAUAAGAUUUGUGUCGAUGACCAAUGCCAUACAUUUGAGGCGUAAGCACAUAAUGUAUCGGUACUGGAUGCGAUGUCGUAUUUUGUGAUGUAGACGUCAUUAUUUUAGACGAAUUGUUAUCUUGGCUGGAUGAACACUCGCUCUUAAUUUGCUCAUAGCAAUAGCGU